UGUUCAGGAGCAAGAGCACUGAUCGGGGCUAAAGCAAGCAGUAGCCCUGAUACAGGAAAGAUUUGCCUCUCCUGGAUUCUCUCACAGCUUGAUACAACCCAGGUAUCAGUGUUCUGUGUCGUUGUCGGCAGCGUCAUUCUUGUGACCAAAGAAUACCCCUCGCCUUAAAACAUCACUCACCUAUCUCAUCAUGGCACCUGCAAGCCACAUGAACUAUCAGAAGGACGAGAGAGUCCUUUGCUUUCACCAUGAGAUUCUCUAUGAAGCAAAAAUUCUUGACCUGAGGCACAUUGAUCCGGAUGACCGCAAGAGUCCGUACGAGUACCUUGUCCACUACAAGGGGUGGAAGAACACAUGGGACGAUUGGGUCCCGCAAGAUCGACUUCGUAAAUUUACUGAUGAGAAUCGAGAGUUGGCCACGACUCUUCGUCGUGAGGCCGAGGCUGCGUUCCGCCAAAAGAACGUGAAACCCACUGUGAAGAAACGGGGAGGCUCCGAUCGCAGUUCCGCCCGGGACAGUGAGGAGAGGCAAACUUCAGUUCCGGGCCGCGGGACGAAGAGAGCACGAGAAAAUGAUAUUGAAAAGGAGGAGAGCUUCUAUGUCCGGCCAUCAGUGCGGAUUGCCAUGCCCGAUAAUUUGAAAUCUCUUCUGGUCGAUGAUUGGGAGAAUAUCACUAAGAACCAGCAAGUGGUGGCACUGCCAGCCAAAUGUUCAGUUAGCCAGAUAUUGGACGAUUAUGUAAAGGAGGAGAAGCCCAAGAGGACGAGCACGGCUGAUCUAGAUGUUCUUGAUGAGAUCGUCAUGGGUAUUCGCGAAUACUUCUACAAGGCACUAGACAAGAUCCUCCUCUAUCGCUUCGAAAGGGAACAGUAUAGUAUGAUCCGCAAGAGGUGGGAGGAUGGCAAUGGGGAUUGGGCCGAUAAAGGUCCUCUUGAGACCUAUGGCGCCGAGCAUCUGACACGGCUUUUUGCGACCAUGCCUGAGCUCAUCGCCCAGACGAACAUGGACGCUCAAUCCACAACCAGGCUUCGGGAAGAGCUCUCUAAGUUCACACUCUGGUUGAGCCGCAAUUCGGCCAAGUACUUUGCAACUAGGUACACGAAUGCCAGCAACGAGUAUAUCGAAAAGUCGCGCGGUGCUCCAAAUCCAGCUCCGGCCACCGCUACCUCGCGUCUUGUCUGAUGAACUGAAUAUGGGAGUCCUAGCGAUCUGCGGCAGUCGAUCUCGUGGUGCGUUGUUGAUCUUUUCGAAUUCUUUUGGGGGCCAAUUUUUUGUGUUGUGGACUAUGGUCGAGCACUAGUCUUGUGGCGCUCUGAUGCAUGCUACGAUGAUGCUAUCACUGUAACAUUAAUAGGAUAAAAAACCUGGCGGAAGUUUCUGGCGUCCGAAUUGAGUAAUAAUUUGUUUCCUUA